GAGGCAGCCACUCUCCUGGAUUCUUCCCUCUCAAUAAAUCUCUUUAAUGAGGUUUGGGUGAGAACUUCUUUCACUGGAAUGGAUCAGAGGAGAGAAGUAACAACUUUUUGCCAGAUUGCCAGAACCAGGCAGGGCUGUAACACUUUCACUGGGGAAACCUUCCUCUAGCACUUCCUCUAGUUGUUACACUUGGGCAUACCAGAAUAGAACUGUAACUGUAACAACUUCUCCAGGGGAAGCCCUCUCCUGCCUGAACAGAGACAUUACAUUGUGGAAACCUUUCCCAGGAGCAGGGCUGCAAGCUGCUACACCUACUGUGACCUGUGUUGUUCCUUGGCUCCCAACUGCCAGAAUAUUCUUUCAUCUUAGCUAUAACACGAUUUCCUGGCUUCCUAUUGCCAGCAUACUUUUCAUCUUUCCCAUCUGAGCUGUAGCGCUUAGCAUUCGUUGGCUCCCGACUGCCCGGAUCCCUGUUCAUCUGAAGCGCAACACAAGAUGGAUGAGGGCGAGGAACCUAUCAAGAAGUCGGAGUGAUUUGAUAUGAAGAACGUGGGCUCCUGUUAAACUAAUUUAGUAAUACUCUUUGCCGAAACUGGACCUUAUGAGGAAUAUUGGCUAGAAGAUGUUUCGAGAGCCCGACAGAAGUUUGGUCAAGGAGAAACUCUGUCAGUUUGCAUGUGAAACAUCUGGAAACUAAGUGCCAAUAUUAACAAUAGUUAUCUCUGAAGAAUAGAAGUAACUUUAAAAUUUUAGAGGUCUAAGGACUGCAACAAUCUAGACUGCGCCCUGGAACGCUCUGCUUCGCCCGAUGCGUACUAACUACAACGCCCAGCAUGCUGUGCGUUCGCCUCGAGUGCGUCGCGCGUUGCUGACGUAGGUGUAGCGCGGGGAAUUUCGAGUAGAAGGACUGGGCGGCAGGCCGGUAGCUUGUGGCCUUGUCAGGUGCGACCAUGGAGACCCUGGCCGAGCCAAGGUGGCCUCCGGGGCUGUCGAUGAUGAAGACAAUAGAUGAUUUGCUACGCUGUGGGAUUUGCUUCGAGUAUUUCAACAUUGCAGUGAUAAUUCCCCAGUGCUCUCAUAACUAUUGUUCUCUCUGUAUAAGAAAAUUUUUGUCCUAUAAAACUCAGUGCCCAACUUGUUGUGUGGCGGUAACAGAACCAGACUUGAGAAAUAAUCGUCUUUUAGAUGAACUGGUAAAAAGCAUGAAUUUUGCACGGACUCGCCUGUUGCAGUUUGCUUUAGAGUCACCACCCAUAUCUCCUGUGUCUUCCACCUCAAAGAAAGUUGUUGGUAAAGUGCAUAAUGCUGAAGCCACCAAACACCCUGUCAAACAGGGGAGCAGGCUGAUGGACAAGUUCCUGAUAAGAGAGACAGGGGGAAAAGAAAAUGACAGGAAGUAUAGCCCUCAAAAGGAGAUAAGCACCUCUACUGAGGUUAAAGAGACAAGUCUCGAGGGAAAGACAGUACUUGGUCCCUCGGAUGCUAAUGGACCUGUGACACCCUCUACAUCCACCAUGAAACUGGAAAAUAAAGUGUCUUGUCCUGUUUGUGAGGUCAGCAUUUCAGAAAAUCACAUCAAUAAGCAUUUAGACAGUUGCUUGUCACGUGGAGAGAAGAAGGAGAGUCUUCGAAGUUCUGCUCACAAAAGGAAGCCACUGCCAAAAACUGUGUAUAAUUUGCUCUCUGAUCGUGAUUUAAAGAAAAAGUUGAAACAGUAUGGCUUAUCCAUUCAAGGAAACAAGCAGCAGCUUAUUAAAAGGCACCAAGAAUUUGUACACAUGUAUAAUUCCCAAUGUGAUGCUUUGCAUCCUAAAUCAGCUGCUGAAAUAGUCCAAGAAAUUGAAAACAUGGAGAAGACCAGGAUGCGCCUUGAAGCAAGUAAACUCAAUGAAAAUGUCAUGGUUUUUACAAAGGACCAGACAGAGAAGGAGAUAGAUGAAAUUCACAGUAAAUAUCGUAAAAGGCAUAAGAGUGAGUUCCAGCUUCUAGUGAAUCAGGCCAAAAAAGGAUACAAGAAAACUGUCAGAAUGUCAAAAGCUACAAUAAUGAGAAGAGAUGGACCUGCAGAGGAACUGCCAUCUGCCAUCAUGGGACAAGAAGAUAAUGUAAACUUUUCGGAUACAUUCUCAGUAACAAACCACUUUCCUCAGUCGAAACUGGACUCCCCAGUGCAGCCGGAGCCUGAGAGACCAGAUGAUUCUUCUAGUUGUACUGAUAUUCUUCUCUCCUCAGAGUCAGAUUCCUGCAAUAGUUCCAGUUCGGACAUCAUAAGAGACCUUCUGGAAGAAGAAGAAGCUUGGGAAGCAUCUCACAGAAAUGAUCAGAACAGAGAAAUAAACCCACAACAGAAUCACCGCACUAGAGCCACCGAAAGUGCCGAGACAGAGCCAAGAAACAAGCGGAAUAGGAAUUAGUAUGGGCUUUCGCCAGCUUUUCCAUACAGUGACCAGAAUAUAGUUUUAUUGCCUUGUUUAGCAAUGCCCAGUGACGAUGUUUAAUUCUAAUUGUAAUAGUUAAUUUAUUAUUUCAUUCUUCUUUGCCUUUCUAGAAAAGAAAACAGAAAAGUUGUAAAAUGAUCCUUGACCUUCUUGGUCAUUUGCUUCCUUCUUUUAAAACAUUUCUCCCCUAAAAACACAAUCACUAGCUUUGCUCGGCAGACACAUUCCUCAACAGGGGUGUUUGCUCGGUUUGACUCUAUUUCAGGAUGUUUCUAAGUCAUUUUCACUUUUUGCUAUUGGCGAACGAGCUCCAGCAAAAACUUCUUUUCUUCCUCAUGACAGUAAUAAGCUAGUAAGAAUAACAUGCUUUAUCAUAAUCUCUUUGUCUGAGUGCCUGUUGCCAGGGCGCCAGCAGGUAGUGGUCAGUACCUAAGUUGUCUUUAGACACACCUGUGUUUUCAUAGCGUAGGAUUAUAUUGUAAAGUCACAAAGUUUUAUAAUUUUUAAAAAGGCAGGUAAGUUGGUAAUGUAAUUUAAGGUAACAGUCAUAGGAACUCUGAAGCAUGUGUGUGUUCUUCUGAAGUGACACUUCACUUAAAAAGUAGUACUGCUAGCCCCUGGGGUCAGGGAGAUCUCUAACACUUUUACUCCCAGCUGUUAAACAAAAAAAAAAAAAAUGGGUUUUACCAAUGAAUACAAAAUUUGUAAUUUCCUUGAAAUAGUAUGUUGUAUUUGAAUAAAGGCUAUAAAUCUUUA